ACGCCAACCGGCGUCACCUAGUGAGGAAGCUGCGUGGUUAGCGCUUGUGGCAGCAGCGGCGGCAGCGGCCGAGAGGGCUGGGCUGGUCCGUCAGCUGUGCGGAAAUCCGAAUGUCGGCGCGUCAGCGCACUGCCGCCAAGCUCGUGCUGCGUCCCUACACCAUCACCAAUAGUUGAUGAUGAUCACGCCGCCCUACCCCCAGGCACUUUACCCGAGCGAAGCUUCAAAUUGUUGUAAUGUCUUGGCACAGUUCAGCGAACAAUGAAAACAUUGAAUUGCUCAGAGCUUCUGGAAAAAGGUUAUACGCCAACACCGUCGGAAGCGUACGCAGUGCUGGGCAACUGGGCUCUGUUCCUGGCAGCUGUGGAAAGCCUGAUGGUGGUAACGACAGUGGCGGUGUUUGUGCACGAAUGCCACUACCUCAGUGCCUGCUGGCCCCGCAGGACACUACUCUACAGCUCCCUGGCUCUAGCUGUGUUUCCUGUAUCUUCCAUUUUCGCUGGUGAUGUACUUUGAGCUGAUCAGCUGCUAUGCGGGGGGCUCGGAGCAGCUUGUCCAGCGGCUCAUCAACGAGCAAAUGCCACUGCGGGGUCCCCCCAUCUGCUGUGUGCUGUGGUGCUGCCCGACACCAUCUUUCUCCAAGCAAAGGUAUGCUGUCCUACGAGUGGUGGUCUACCAGCUGUUCUUCAUCCCCCUGAUUCUGGUCACCAUCAUCUUUGUAUGCACGCUCACAGGCAUCCAUGAAGGGGAUAAGAUGGAGGCGACCAAUGCGUCCCCAUACCUGAUGCUCCUCCAGGCCGGAUCCUUCCUUCUGGGCACGUACGGCUUUGUCAUCUUUGUCAAGCUGGCCUCGCGGCCCCUGCCCCCGCAGCUGCUGCUGCGGCGCAAGUUCACUGUACUGCACCUGCACUUCACCCUGACGCGGCUGCAGCUAGUUGCAUUCAAGGCAGCCGGACUGACGGGCCACCUGCCCUGCGUGCCGCCUCUGGCCUCCAUGGUCACGGGAGUCUACCUGAGCAGUGCCAUGCUUAUGGGCCAAGGGUUCAUGGUGUCCACCGUGUCCCGCUACUUCUUCCUGCAUCCGCCGCCGAACUCGACUCUGCCGCUGCGCCCACCAGCCCCAACGCCAGCCCACGUCAACAGCCAUCAGCGAUCGUCCACUGUCUCCUUGCCCCGCCCGCAGGCCAACGCACACCAGGCCAGCACACAGCAGGCCAGUAGCCGAUACCUGGCUGCAUUCACUUACUGACUCUGAGGGCUAGAUUCUAGACAAUGCAUAGCAAGUUGGUCAAUUGAUAUGACAUAGCAGAGUGUUGGUAUGGCCACAAAGUCAAAGUUCACAGAUGGCUGUGCCAUCCGGCGAGCGACAGCAGUGGUUCGUCAUCUCCAACAAGGGCAGCUUCCUGCCUGAAAACUAAAGAGGGAUGUGCUUAAACCUGCUUUCUUGCUCCACGACGAGCAAAGUGCAAUGUGCUUGAAUUUAGUAGAACUUCUAAUCUGGCAACUCAGUCAUACUUAUUGCCUGCAUGAACCUCAGUGCUGCAUCGAUUAUGACAAGAUUUCAUGGUUGAUAAUGAGUUAUGUGUUGUUAUAUACUUCAUCAACCUUUUUUUUUUCCCCCCAUUUUGCAGAUGAAUGUGUGUGCCUAGUGACUCUGUAAAGUUGGAUUUUUAAAGGGAAUAGAAUUUAUACACUAUGAGUGCAGUAUCUUGUGUCUGGUUUCGAGUUUGGAUCCAUUUAGAAUGGAAAGAAUUCGAUUUGCCGUAGUUGAAGUAAUUCUGAGCAACUACACAAGCGAUGUCUUACCUGAGGUGCUAACAAAUGCGUUUUGAAAAAUGACUGCAUGGUUUUGCGGUUGGGUACAGCCUUCUCACUGUGAUUACAGUAUUUGCACAAAUGUAUUGCAAGUUUAUUUUUAAUUUUCUUUCCAAGAAUGCACCUUGUCCUACAUCUGGAAUCGUGCUAAAUUUCAUCUUGUGCACUGAGUCACAGCGUUUGAGUAUUUUUUUCUUAUGCUUAAACUACGGAUAAAAUCCUACUUUAGAUGUUACGUGAUACAGUCAACGUCCAAUUUUUUGCACUUCCUAAGGACCGCAAAAACAUUUGAAAAAUCGGGCGAUCCACAGAAACAAGUGCAUGCUUUUAAGUGCCCUCAAGGGCUCAAAUUGCCACAGCCACCUCCAAGGUAGCUUUAAAUGCCUGCCAGUAUAAUUAUUAGGCAUCUCGGUGCUCGUACUGUGAUAGGAAAUGGCAGGUGCACACAUGUAUAAUACAGAAACACAUUUUAUGUUCCAUGACAGUGACCCCUUCACACAUUGCCAUAUUGCGGUGUAGCUGACUUUCGGGAACUGACAUUAUACAACGUUUUAGACCCGUUCCAUACUUUCCGCACUUUGACACCAUCAGCAAGGGUGACGAAGUCCUUGCUAGUGCUGAACAGAGGUGGCGAUUUCAAUGAAUGGCAUUUUGGACCUGCAAUCACAGCAAAAAGUCCGAAAAAUUGGUUGGCAAAAGGUUUCAAUGACCGAAAUUUAAGAUGUUCUUAUACAUCGGCUCUAUGGAGUAUGUGGCAUUCCCACAAAGGAGUUCGAAUUAUCAGGCAUGUCUGAAAAAGCGGUUGUUGACUGUAUUACGUAAAGGUAUCUUUCUGCAUACUAAACAUUGAUGGAAGCGGUGCAAAGGUCACUGCUAGGCUGAGCUGCUUGCAGAUGGAGCUAAGCAAAGGCAGCAUAUAUAAACGAACGGAUCACAGGCAUUCGUUUUAUAAGAAUGUGUGUAUGUUGUUGCUCGCUGUGAUUGCUGUACCAGGUUUCAAGUCACAUUAUAGCUGCAACAAUGUGUCUCCUAAAUUUUUAACUUGUGAGAGCUGGCCUUUAUGUUUGUGCAAGUAUUUCAAGCUAUCAGAUGCACCGGUCCUAGUUUAGACCUAUGCUUGGAAAGUUUGCUAAGGAAGUGCAAUAAACAAACAUCUAAGGCUCAGUAGAUGAGUCUUUGUAAUCAAACAAAGCAUUGUGAAAACCAUGCACAACCAUUUUUGGAGUCUGUAUCUCAUUCUGAAAUAGACCUGCUGAUUGGGCCUAGUGGACUGUGCUAAAUAGAGAUGUAGAUUAAAUGUCCUCCAAUGAAUUGGCUAUGCAGAAAUAUCCAUUUAUUGGAUCUUCAUUCUAAAACCACACCACCUGGGUGACUUACUUUAUGUAGCACUGUGUUUCACAGCAGUACUUGCCUGGUAUAUCUGUGACAACUACAUCGUCAUCAGUGGCAACAUGAUCAAAGCACUUUGGAUAGCUGCCUGUAACAUAACAUGUUCACUGAGAAAUGCAGCUAGACUCUUCCUGGUCGCAGUUUGUUUGCCAGACACUCAAUGCAGGCACGAAUCUGACUACUAAAAAGUACCAAGUAGAUUAUUGUAGUGUCAUCGAUUCUUCAUGCAUGCAAGUUUCUUUUUCACUGUUGUAAACAAUGUCUUGUCCAUGAGCUUUAAAGUUCAGUUCACAUUUUAGGCCCAAUUUGAAGCUUACAGAAUAAUUUGCGGCCAAUAUAUUUAUGAGGUAGAACAGGCAUGUAUUAUGCCGGUGCUUGUGGAUAGACAUUUUGUGGGCAGUAAGAAAUUUGUGGAUAUGAUAAAAAUUAUAUCCCUGUAAAAAUUAAUGAGUUUACAUAACUAGUAUUUACAGAACCAGAGAAACCUUGCCAUGGGAGUCUAGAAAUUUACACACUGUGCAUGACCUGCGGAACAUAUUGUUAGCAGAGUGUUUACAUGUUGCAGUUUCUAAAUAAUAUGAUGAAUAACAAUUGGAACUGCCAGCUGCUUUGAUCUCAUGUAGCCCCUUGGACUUAACGCAUGCCCAAUAUUUAACAGUAAUAUUGAGCUAAAGCCUGCAACCAACAUUAAUGGUUUCUCCGACCUGCACAUGGGCAUUAAGCUGCAUUUAUAUUAUAACACCUAUAAAAAAAGACAUUGCACUUACUUCUGCUUUAUAUGUACUCAGACUUCACAACAAGAUCGCUUUUUCGUGGCCUUCAUCAUUUAACAAAGUACAUGGCAUUGUUGCCUGCCUGGUUUAUGGGGAAAAAUGAAAAACCAAUGUGGUAGGAAAAUUCUGUUUCAUCUUCUCAUUCUGAGAUCACAAUACAAUUCUAUAUUAUUAAAACAUGAUUGAAACAAAGCAGCUCAGCAUGUGAAGUCAUUCUACCACAUCUGCUAUUCAUGCUGUUUCCUUCUCUUGUCAACAGGCAGCAUCCAUGUGUAUUUAGCAGUUUGCCUCUGUUAAUACAACGCUGCUUUUUCUUUCUUUUUAUACAUGAAUCAGGCAAGCUAAAUUAUGUGCUUUGUUGAACAAUGUGGACCAAAAAAUUCGAUGUUAUUGCAAAAUUUGGAUGCAAACAAAGCAGCAAUAAACACGUCUCUUUUGAAGUUAGAAUAAGAACAUAGCUCUUUGUACUAUGGUUUAUGUUUAACACAAAUACGAAUGCACAGUCUGCACACUGUUGUAGAACUCCCACCCGAAAGUCACUGUGAAAAUUACUUUAAGUGGGUUUCUUAGAUCAUAGCAUUUCAUGCUGCCUGCUUUAAUUGGGUGAAGGAUUUAAGUUUGUGUGUCUUUUUUGGAGGAAUGCUGUAGUGCAUGGUCAGCUACUCCAGCUUUCAACAGCUUUAAAGUUUUAAAGGUCUUCAUUGUAAUGUAUGCACUAUAAUCAACAUAAAAAGGAAAGCUGCUCUCAUGAGGGAUGUUAGUAACAGUUUCAAAGCUGCUGACUCUAAAGCACCCCCAUAUUUCUGAACCACUGUGUUAAAUAUAUAUAUAUCUUAGUAAAACACUCUUGCUGUUCAGCACAAUGAAUCUUUUAAAAAAGGGAGCUUUGACAGACAGCUGGAGUGCUUGUAAAAAUGUAAAAAGGUAAUGUGGUGAGGCAUGACAUACUAUUAACAAAUCAAAUUGCCCCAGCCUCUGCCACUCAUGCUCCUGCUGCUUAUGUAGUUGCUGCUUGUCAGUAUUGACAAGCAGCAACUUCUGUAAUAGGUGUAGAUCUAGCCACAUAAGUGCAACUCUGUAAUCGGUGAUGUUGAUUACUAGUUGGGCGUUUUAGAGGCUGUGAAAUAAGUGCAGCCAGCGUCUUGCACUUGAGCUGAAAUUAUGUCCGAGCAGGAGAGGCUGCCAUUGCUCUUUGACAGCAUAAAAGUGUUAUGUGAUGAGUGCAAUGUGCCGUGUUGUGGGACAGACGCAAACAUGGCUUCGUACUAUAGUACCUUUUGCUAUAACUCAGCAGCAGUGGUAGCAAUGUAACGACAGUCACUUAGACAUGUUAUAUAUGUAUCCAACAAAUCUUCUGACGAUGCUGAGAGUUUCCUUCAUCAGUUUUAGCUGCUUCCGAGCCCAUUAACCAUCUCUCCUCGAGCACCAACAAAUAGUUGAACAAUCAGUACAGACACUCUUCAAGUGUAGAUAUUAAGGCAAUCACCUUCCUUCCUGGUAGUACAAUGCUGGAAAUGUUGCUGCAUAGCUCUUCUUGUGCUUAAGAAGCUAUAGAUAAUUGAAGUGCAAUGUAGGUAUUUGCUAAAAAAAAUAAAUAUAUCCAUCAUAAUUUAAUGUCCUGGACACAGUUGGUAGAGACUAUAUCCACUUUGAAUGACUUUCACGUAUCUGCUAGUGUAAACGAGAUAUUUUUGUGGUUGUUGGUCAAUGGGACAUCUUGUUACUACAAACACUUUAUGAUACAGCUACCAUGAAAUUAUUCGUUUUUCUAAAGUGUGCAAGAGACAGUAAGAUCUUGUAGAGGGAAAAGCAUGAUCAGUCACUUGGAAGUGAGAGUUUAACAGUAACACUCAAAGCACUUGUGGAAAUACCACAAGUCAAAAAAGAGUUAACUAUGUCUAUUUUCUUUCAAGUUGUGUUAAUCAAUGCUAACGAGUUAAAAAGCACCCAUUAGCAAGAACUGGAAAAGUGACAUCGUAUUUCUAAUGCAAGCACUUAAAACACUGUUCUGUAUAUAGUCUUACUGAUGGCCACAGCUUCAUAGUUUGCAUAAUAUGGAAGACAUGCAAAAUUACAGAUUCUACUUGUUUUUAAUACCCAAUAUAAGCUGAAGCCUUUGCAAAUGAAAAAUCAUAUUGAGAUGAUUCUUAUUUUUCUUUCGUAAACAUUUUGACAAGUGAGCAAUAAAUAUGGAGCAAGACCGCCAGAGAUUAGCACAUCUUUUGAAAAUAGGAAGUUCUUGACUGCUGGCAGAAUAGUGUGUAACUUAAUUGCAUUGAUUAGAGACUGACCUAGGAGCCACUCUUUCACAAAGCCAAUUGCAGUCUUCUGUCUUUCUUCUUUUUUUUUUCAAUUCUGUGGACUUGGCGUAUUGUUAAAUUGAAAAUUGUACUACGUACGUACCUUAGGAAUCUAAAAUUUUGCAGUUUCGUCUAGUUAUAUUGGCUGCCUGCUGAUUUGAGCAAAAAGCCAGAUCUAGAAGUCUGUGUGAAAUGGAUACGAUGGGGCAUCAGUGACAAUUGAAAGGAAAAGGGUUUUGUGAAUGCUGCUCGUCAGGUUGCACCCCCGAUGAAACCUCUUCCCCAGGCAAACUAUGCCCCCUGCUCACCGUCUUUCCUCGACCUGUUUUGUGGUCGUUCCCGAAGUCUUUCUUGUUCAAAGUUUUUUGAUGCAUCUUUUCAGCCUCACGACACAUGCAAGGACCUACUCCCAAGUCCUCAGCUGUAUCUGAUGACACUUGUUAAUGUACCAGGGUGGAAUGACAGAGUAGUGUCUUUUGUCACUGGAUUGGACAGCGUGUUCUGUGGCAGAUGUGCUGAAACAUGUUUCUCCAAGCACAGGGAAUUAGAGUUGGCCUAGUUGGUUUACGUUCAUCAUAGCAAAACAGUGCAGACGACGGGACGAGUGAAAUAGAUAAGACAAGCACAUUGUCUUGUCUGUUUUACCCGUCUUGUCAGCUGCACUGUUUUGCCAUGAUGUCUCUCCUUACCCCUAUGAAGUUCAUGUACAUGUGCCGUCUGCUGGUGUUUUGAUACAGUGAACCCUUCUUACAGCAUAUCCCCUUCAGGCAUGGUGUACACAUUUGUGUACAAUUUGUUUUUGCCAAUUCUGUCCAGUGGUGGCAAGAAAAAAGCCAUGGAGAAUGAGCUUUCAGUGUGCUUCAGUGUGCUGCAUAUUUCUACAGAUGGCGACCUUGCUGAAGGCAUUACGAUGUUUGAUGAGACGUUUGACAUGCCGCAUUCCUACAGCAAUGCCAAUAGAAUGGAUGCAUGCACUUCGAGCUAGUGAUUCAGCGACUUUUAUAUGAAAAUGCAACACGACUGACUGCACAAUAAAUAAGUAUUUAAUUAAUGUGUAAUUACGAGGACUUGCUAGAAAAUCAACAAAAACAAUAUCCUAUAAUGUUGUCUUUCUUGCAAUGGGGUGUCCAGCACCUUGAAAUAAAGUUAUGUAAGCUUGGCA